AUGGAGCACUCAGAGGGUAGCACCAGCACCAGCAGCAACACCAAUUCCCGUAUCGGAAAUUAUGAACUGGGUCAGACUCUGGGCAAAGGAAACUUCUCCACCGUGAAGCUUGCACGUUGCCUUGACACCGGAGACAAUGUGGCCAUAAAAGUUUUCGGCAAGUACACGAUUCUCGCCAACCAACCCAAGAACGAGCUGCGCAAGUUGGAGCGAAACUUGUUAAUAAUGAAAAUGGUUAGACACCCUAAUGUGGUGCAUGUCAUUGAGGAGAUAUAUACCAAAACACAUUUCUUUAUUGUAACGGAACAUGUAACUGGUGGGGAACUGUUUGAUAAAGUUACAAACUCCGGGAGAAUGACAGAGCCCGAAGCAAGAACAUAUUUUCAGCAGCUUAUACAUGCUGUGGAUUACUGUCACAGUAAAGGUGUUUCCCAUAAAAACUUAAAGCCAGAGAAUCUGUUGGUGGAUGCUGAUGGAGUGCUUAAAAUAUUGGACUUUGGCAUGAAUAUGCUGUCGCAACAAGUUGGACCAGAUGGGUUGCUUCACACAGCACGUGGUGAGCCACAAUAUACCGCCCCAGAGGUGAAAAUGAACAUCGGCUAUGAGGAUGCAAAGUCUGACAUCUGGUCAUGUGGUGUUAUUCUUUUUGUUCUAUUGGCUGGAUAUUUACCCUUCAAAUGUAAAGACAUUGCCACUUUAUGUCUAGAGAUGUUUAAGGCUGAUAUCACAUGUCCUUCAUUUUUUUCUCCAAGUGUAAAGAGCCUAAUUGAGAGAAUCCUUGAUCCCAAUCCAGCUACACGGAUUGCAAUUAAGGAAAUAUUGGAAGAUGAAUGGUUCAAGAAUGGGCCUCAAUCCCCGAAUUCUGAUGAAAAUUCACAGGGGCCUGCAGAACCUGCAGAACCUGUAGAACCUGUUCCCAAGAAUGCAUUUCAGAAAAUGCGUGUCUCUCUGGGCUUCGAUCAUGUAGGAAAUCUUCUGAACAAGGUACUUGGUAAAAAGGAAACAAGUUUCGUAUCCAAAUGCUCCGCAAAUGAGAUAAUUUCAGGAAUUGAACGUACUAUAGCUUCUAUGGGUUUUAAUGUUAAGAAGAGAAAGUACAAGUUGAAGAUUGAAGGGGAAAAGGAUGAACACAAAGGUCAUCUAUCAAUAGUCACUAAGAUCUCUAAGGUGAACCCUUCCUUUUUCAAGGUUGAGGUUCGAAGGGAUGGAGGAAAUACUCUUGACUUUCAUGAGUUCUACAGAGAUCUAUCUGCUGGGAUGCGUGAUAUCAUUUGGGUAGAGAAAUCUGCCAACUCAGAAAGAGAAGAUGGUGCAAGUACAUCAACUGCAAGAUAA